UCUCAUUCUGGACGGAGUCAGCGAUCUAUCUGGAAUCCAUGGAGUACCUGCUCAGCAAGCAAAAGGAUUUACAUGGCUACCUGUCAACUUGCCACAUCACUGCAAAAUCAUUAUCACAACUACCAACUGCCACCUGUCUUACAAAAAUAUGGUUGAGCGCCCUGAUGUUCAGGUGGCUGAGUUGGAACGUAUACCCAGUGGCGUCCUGAGACUUUCCAUCUUUCAGAAACAGCUAGCUAUGCCAGGCAAGAAAGUUGCCCCUGAUCUGCUGGAAAGGAUUGUAUGCAAGAAAAGAAAUAUCACUCCUCUCCAAUUGGCAGUUCUGGCUAGUGACCUUCGCUUGUGUAGACCACUCAUAGUUGAACUUCAAUCAGUCGAUGAUUAUCUGGAAGCUCUGUCCUAUGAGCAGAUCUGGUCUUUUCUGAUACAUCGUUGGGUAAAAGAAUAUAGUUGGACAUGCGAGAGGCACAGAAAAGGAAAAAAAGCAAAACAGAAUUUUGCCAGUGCAGAAUUGAGAGAAAUGAAAGGCUGGGUAUUGGACGUCUUGUGCUUACUUUGUGUGUCACGCUGUGGAUUAAGUGAUGAUGAUAUUCUCCAUCUUUUGAGAAUUAUGGGUUACCGAGAUCAGUAUGAAGUGACAUCGCUCCAUUGGGCUGCUUUUCGCGCAGCAAGCUGGAAAUGGAUUCAGGAGAAACCCGAUGGAUUGUUACAUAUUAGUCACAGAUCUGGUCAAGACGCCAUUGACCACUUAUUGCUUGGUACUUCUGUGCCGACAAAUGACAACAUGGAUAAUACAUUCCAGAAUACCAUGAACAUUAAAAGAAGACGCAUUCACCAACUUCUUAUUAAGUACUUCAUGCAAUUGGGUUUAUCAAGGCGAGUGUAUGAAGAAGUUCCUUGGCAUCUGAAGAUGAUUGGCAACUUAAGUGAAAUGUGUGGAUUCCUAUUAAAUACACGAUAUUUAGAUUGCAUCUCAAGAAGUACAAGGUUUGGAUACCAGAUGAAGAUGGAUUUUAUUAACUUCUGGCAUUUUCUCUCCGCGUCUGGGAAGGAUUUAGCUUUGAAGUACAAUCUGAUGAUUGGCAAUAAUGCAGAGGAAAUGAACAUGCGCGAGCUGACUGAUCGCUGUAGAGUCGUUUGCUUCGCUGCCCAGUGCCUGAACAAUAUUGGGAAGACAAGUGAAGCAGAGAAAAUGCUGUCAUCUGUUGUAAGUCGUCUGGAAAACAGUACAUUGGAUAAGAAGAGCAUCAUUGUACUUUUAUGGACCUGUAAGUCUAUUGGUGACUUGCACACAGACACUGCAUCUUGGCAAAAGGCUUCUGUUUACUAUCAAAAAGCACUGCAUACAUUUGAGAGUAUCACUGCACAGGAUGUAGAAGAUGAUGCACAGCUCCUUAAACUCCAAGGUCAAUUAAAGUGUAAAUUAGCUGUAUCCAAUGCCAUACAAAGCUCAGGGCAAGAAAGUAAGACGUUUGAAGAAGCUAUCAAUCAUUUCCAGUCAAUCAGUCCUGGACCGUAUGAAAAUGCAGCUCUACAACUUUGUCAAGGCCUCUUAAAACUUGCUGUUGGGAACUUCUCAGAGUCAGAAAGCCAUCUAAAGGAUUGCCAUGAGAUGCGAUGCAAGCUAUAUGGAAAGAGACACAUCCGAAGUGGAGAGGUCCUGGAAUAUAGAGCGGAUUUAAAAAGUCACCCUAGGAAUAACACAUAUUCACAUAGGUUACAAGCACUUGAAAACUACAAAGAGGUAAUACACAUAAAGGAAGCUGCAGAGGAAUUGUCACAAUCAACCGAAAUGAAAGAGACUCUCACAUUAAGUCUGAGCAAUACAUUAUUAAAAGCAGGAAACAUAUUAUGUCAAGCGGAUUUUGGAACGUAUAAAGAGGCUAUUGGAAUGCUCCAAAGAUCACUGGACCUCAGGACAAGCAUUUUAGGCCUUGAACAUCCUUUGAGUAAUGAAGUACAAUGCUUUCUUAAGGAAGUGAAACGGAAGGUCUGCAGCAGUAAAGGGCAUUUUGGAUUGGAAAAGCAGGCUAAUCCUAUUGAACAUAAACAUAUCCAGGACAAUAAAGAACUCUUUCAUUUUCCACCAUUGUGGCAACACACUAAUGAAUUGCCCAAACCAACUCCAGAAUCAUUUGUUUUUAUGGAUGACAAUAAACAUGAAUUUAAUGACUUACAGACUGAACCCACAGCACAGACAGCCAAAUCCCCUCUCUUACAGCAGAGAAAACUGCAAAGUUCACAAGAUAAAAAAGUACUGUGCAACAAGCAGAACAGUAAUUCAAAAGAAGAUGGAUGCAUUGAGAUUUUACCAGUAUAUCUUACAAGAGCAUUAAGUGUAAAAAGACCUACUUCUACGACAAAUCGUGUAACUAGUGCCUGUGUAUCACGUCCAGUAAGUGUAUGUCAGACAUCAUUGUCAGGUCCAUCAAGUUCCAUUGUAGCUUUGGCACCAUUUUCGAGACCAGUGUCGAGAUCAAAGACACCUGAAUUCACUCACAAAUCUGCUUGGUAUCAUGUGCCCGGAAGAUACGCAACACUUGAAGUACCUCUUCCACCUAAAAGACAUCAGCUUCGUAAGACAAUGUGAACAGACCGCAGAUCAGUUUUAAGCAAUA